CUCAGUCCUUGCUACAGUCACUUCCUGUGUGGGAACUACGGAGAUAAAAAAAAGAGGAGAUCCGAUUGGUUCCCUGUUUGCCUGUUUCCUGAAAUACAAAACACAGUGAGACAUACAUGCUGGAAAAGUCUGUUAGUUAAGAACAACAGAUCCCUGCAUGUGUGUGUGUGUGUGUGCGUGUGUGUGUGCUUGGCAUGUUUGUCUGCUGUACAGCUGUCAACCUACAGUACAGAACAGUAUCCUGCAUCAGUUCUAGACCUGUUUAUGAGAACAUCUGCCCACAAGAAGAGAGAGGGGGAUAGAGGACAGGAAAUGGUAAAGUGAGAGCACUGAAACAUGCUUGAAAGAGUUCAAGAAGAUGUCAAAGCAAUGAUGGAUGAUGGCUGUGCAGAUACCUGUGAAGUUCUCAUCGCAGAAACUCCUGAGUGUUUCAUCUGUAGAGAUGUGCAGCUGGUGGAUGGAGAACAAGUGAAAAGGUUUUGUGACUGCAAGAACCUCAUGGCACAUCAUGGUUGCCUGCUCACUUGGGUCAGAACGGGGUUGAAGAGGAACGAACGGCUGAGGUGUCGCGUGUGUAAUGCAGAGUACCAGCAGAAGAGAGUAGCGCCAUGGCAGACCGCGGUGUCUCAGUGGCGUGUGUGGCCCGUGGUGGUGUUAGCGGUGGUGUUGGUGGCCCUGAUUCCCUACACUGUGUACCGCCUGCUGACAGCUUUCGAUAACCCUCCUCCACAUAUUCUCUUCAACAUGGCUGCCAUCUGCUUUGGCAUCCUCUCUGAAAUCCUGCUGCUCAGGGGAACAGACAUUAAUUUUCCUUCCAGGAAUACACGUCACACUCACAGACAAGUCAUUACAGCCACAUCGCCACCAGAAAUAUGAGUCUCUAUUUCUGCCACUUGUGAAAGGUAUGUGCGCUAUUGACAUGAUCAAUGAGGGGUAAAAUUAAAAGCUGCAUUGAUCUCCCUUUAUUUUUUCCCCUAUUUCAACCCCUGCGAUUCUGCGGCACCAUUUUCAUGCAUAACAAUUUCUUUCUGCAUUUCCCAGCAUAAUGUGGCAUUUGAAAUAGGCAUUUAACAUACUACAUGAUUGAGAUGUCAUCAUUAAGGCGAGCAUGCUGGUUACAGGAUAUUAUGAGGUCUGAGGUGUGGAGCAAAGGUCCAGCAGAGCUCGAUAUCAGAUAAUCAAAUAUACAUCUGAAAUCACUAGGCAGCCAGAGGGAAAUUAGAGGGAACAUAAUAAAUGAAACUGCUGUUUUCUUGCUAGACCACAUAUGCGAUAUAGUCUGUAUACACUCUAUGGCCAAAAGUAUAUAGACACCUGACUAAUCACACCCAUAUGUACUUGUAGAACAUCCCAUUCCAGAUUUAGUCCCCACUUUGCUGUUAAACCUCCACUCUUUGGGAUGGCUUUCCACUAGAUGUUGGUAUUUGUGCCCAUUCAGCCCCAAGAGCAUUACUGAGGUCGGGCACUGAUGUUGGGCGAGAAGGUCUGGUGCAUAAUUAGUGUCCACUUCAUCCCAAAGGUGUUCAACCACACAAAACCAACACUCCAAAAACGUAUUACCAGUACAGGAAAGAACAGUGUACGACAAACUGUAAAAGGUUGAAUUAAGGUGGGUUUAUCUGCUCACUUCACAGAUGUGUUUUAAAGAGCACAAGGAAUUGUAUUACACUGUAGGGGGAAAAAAAGUAAAAUAUGUCUCCUCUAAUACUUUUCCCAUGUGGCCAUGCAUGGACACCCUGUUUAAUGAGAAUUGUGCUGAGGUAAUGAGGGGACAAGAGCUAUAUUAAGAUUCCCAUAUUAGGCAGUUAACUGGCUCAAUGCUCUGAGUAAGAUAGAAGUUCUCAUGAGUGUGGCAGGUCUUAUACAAGGCUCAGAGGUUUCCUUUCUGGUGGAAAGAGGGCUCGAAUCACCAAAAAUUGGGUUGUGAGUUACCACUAAUAGUCAGAAAUGAGAUAGAUUGAAGUGGAACUGGCACUAUUGUAGAAUGAUUGCAAACAUUUAUCAUGUAUUAUAGACCAUUGCAAAAUAUUCAUCAAUAGCAAUAUCAGUCAAGUGCUGUGAAAGUGUUUGACCAUAUCCUGAUUGCUUGUGUUUUUGUGUAUAUCUCAUAAUAAAUUGUUUAAAAAAUGUAAACAAUAUCUGAGAUAAAAACAAAGGCAACGUGAGUAAACAAAAAAUUCAGUUUGUAAAUGAUGUUAUUUAUUGAAGCAAAAUAGUUAUCCAAUACCGACUAAGCCUGUGUGAAAAUGUAUUUGCCCCCAUAGUUACUAAUUACCCAAAUCUAUGAAACUGCGUUCAUAAUGGGGUUCAGCUGGACUAGACACAACCAGGCCUGAUUACUGCAAACCCUGUUCAAUCAAAUCUACACUUAAAUAGAACUUUUUCAACAGCAUGAAGUUGGAUAAAAGGUCUUACCCAGUAACACACUACGCCAAAGUUUAAAUAAAUUCCAGAAAUGAUGAGGAAGAAGGUGAUUGAAAUACAUCAGUCUGGGAAGGGUUACAAAGCUAUUUCAAAGGCUCUGGGACUCCAAAGAACCACAGUGAGAGCCGUUAUCUCCAAAUGGAAAAACUCAGCACAGUAGUGAACCUCCCAGAAGUGGCCGACUUUCCAACAUUCCUCCAAGAGCACAGCAACUUGUCAUCCAGGAAGUCACAAAAGUUACAAAAGAGCCAAGGACAACAUUAAAGGACCUACAGGCCUCUCUUUCAUCAAUAAAGGUCACUGUUCAUGACUCCACUAUCAGAAAGACACUGGGCAAAAAUGGC